CUCGGCGUGUUUUGGCGCCCCGACAUGCUUGGUAACACGUUCAGCGGCGAGAAGGGGGAAGACUUCAACAAGAAUGGUAAGCCUGCCGCUCGUAGCAGCAGUGCCACCCGACGCGACAUCCAAAGCAAGACCGUCCCAGGGGCCGGCCCCGAGGGCGCAUCGCGUUUGGUCGCGAGGACGAUGAAGUUUGCUCACCCUCGUGACGUUGAGGUUGUCAACUCGGCCCUGGCGCCGCCAACGACCUGCCAUACCUUCUCCUUUAGCGUCACACGCCAGAGCACGCUCACCGCUAUCGCCGCUCAGGCGACCCGCGGCAACAAGUUUGGCCUUCCUCCCGAGUCGUACAUGGCUGUCACCUCUGAACAGCCCUCCGCUGCGCCCGCUCCUGGCCAGGAGCAUCUCCGUGGCACAACUCACUCCUCUGACCUCGUCUUCUACGGCGUCACGUUGACUGUUUGGUCACAUGCCGACAAGGACCGCGCUAUUCGCCUCAAGGAGUUUAAGCAGCGCACCCAGCGCAUGCGCAACGAGUCGGCCACGUCAGAGUCGAUCAAGAAAGACGCGUUACGUCGUCGCGGAAAGACGCCCUGGAUACCGCCCAAGAAGGGGGCGACAUCGGAUUAUACAGCCAGUGAGACCGGGUUUAGCGACUCGGAUCUCGAGACAACCUUCACCUCGACGUAUGACGCAGAUUAUUCGGCGGAUGGCAUGUCUGCUGCUUAUGGCGAGUCGACCGACGUGUUCUGGCUGCCUUACGCUCUCACCCUGGUGUCGCGCUACCCCAUCUAUGAUGUGAUGCAGGACUACCUUCGCCUGAGCGAUGCUCGUGCACACAUGCGCCAAGUCUUCACUCUCCUGAAUAGCGAUGCGCCUCGCCCCGGUGACCUCUUCCGCCUGCCUGUCGGCACCCCCUCCGACGAGGAAGUGACCAUCGAGGCGACCAUGCCUGGAGGGAUCGACUUUGAAAAGGGCACGACCAAGGUCGACUUCCAGAUGUGGCCGCUCUUCCAGGCCCUCGACCUUGAUCACAUCUUGACCUGCAUCGAGGUCGCGUUGGCUCACUCCGGUCGCGUCGUCUUCUGCUCUCGUCACCCUGCCUUGCUUGGCUCGGCCGUGGAGACGCUCAAAUACAUUGUCGAACUCCGCGGGUGGGAUGGCAUAGCGCUGCAGAACAUCCACAUUCGCGAUGUGACCUUCCUCAUCGAAGACCCAGGACCGUACAUUAUUGGUCUGUCCACUGAGUGCCGCUAUGUCAUCACACCUCCCAAUGAGGUCGUCGUGGUUGAUCUCGACCAGAAUACCCUUACCUGCAAGUCGCCACCUGCAGGCAUUUCGACAUCGCACAAACGCGACAAGCAGCGUCAUAAGCUCGCUGCGGCGAUGGGUCACGGAUUCCCCGCCGAGCGUUCCGUGCCACUCGAGUACCGUGUCUCCUUCCCUAAGGGCGCUUUCCGUAACAUCAACCGUAUCCACCACGGCCCCACUCGCCCUCGUUACCUCGGGGAGCGUCUUACGUCCCCUGCCUGGUGGAACCAGUCAACGGUGAUCGCCGUUCUGGAUAAGAUCCUGGCUGACAGGGUGAGUACCAGAAUGAUCGCCAAGGCCAUGAUGCGCAAGCGUGCCCUUCACUACGUGGAGAAGCGCGACGACUUUGAGCUCAAGGUCGCACGUAUCACGCGUCGCCUUCAGAAACUCAUUCAGGAGGGCGAACAUUGGAAGCAGAAGUUUGAGAUGUUCGAGAAGUACGCCGAGCGUCUCACUCAGGAGUCCAAUGACCUGAAAGGGCGUAUCGACAAGGAGCAGCGUGAAGCUCGUCGCUUAUCGAACAUCAACACGGAGCAGACCAAGCUCAACGCCGAGCUCCAGGAGAAGCUCAGUCAGACUGAAGGUGCCCGAGCAGAGGCCAUGCGCCAGCUAUCUGACAUGCACCACUCGAUUCAGGAACUGGAGCGCGAGCGCAACGAUAUUAUGGACGCUAUCGAGAUGCAAAUCACGACGGCCAUCGAGCGUAUUCCGUGGGGGGAACAUCACGACAAGGAGUCGCUCAAUGGCCUCGAGUCGCCGCCCACGUCGCCCAAGGCGGGCGCCUCGAUCCAUACCGUCAAGCGCAAGUCCCGGCCCACCACGCGCGACUCGGCACAGACCAUUGGCACCUUGGACUCGUAUGCUCACUCCAAGACGGCGAUGAGCAUCAUUGGCGCCCUCCACGACGGUCCCGUCAGACGUGGUCUAGGUUCCAUCUUGGACAGUGAUCAAGUCAGCAACACGGACCGCCUUAUUUCGCACAACCGUCUUGACAGCAUAUCGCAGCGCGUGGCCAUGAUCCAGGCCAAGCUUGAGAUUGCCCUUGCGCCGAUCCGUGAUCAG